CAGGCAGAGGCAGUCCUUCAGACUUCCACUCUACGGUGUGUGUAGUGUGUCUGUGUGUGGUGUAUGUGUGUGUGUGUGGAUAGGGGUUAAGCCAUCAUACACCUGUUUGGACCCAAAGCUCACCCACUUGAGGCUGGCCUUCAAGAGGCCCCACCGCAGGAGUCUGUUCUGGAGCCCUCGAUCCCUCAGAGAGUUGUGCAACUGCUCGAGAAGAAGAAGGAAGAAAAAACAAAUUCAAUAGCGGGGUCCCUCUGCGGCCGUCGGCCCGUACUACCCAACAAGUGCUCUCCGGCCCGCCCGUAGGCGCUGCCGUCAUGGGACCCAGCGAGGGGCCGUGGGCCCCCCGGGGCCGGGCCUGCGCCGGGGCGCGGAGGGCCGCCGUGGUGCUGCUGCUGCUGGGGUCGGCCGCGGCUCAGACCCCCGCCCCCAGCGCCCCCUGUGGGAACGGGACGGCCCCCCCGACCUUAAGGCAGCCUGGGUACCCGGACAGCGUGGGGGCGGACCCCGGAGCCGGCUUCAUGGCCCCCCUGGUGCAGUCCUUCCUGGACACGGUCCAGCCCUCGCCCUUCCCCGGGGAUUUGAUUCUGUCGCUGACUAAAGACUUCAAUAAACUCGUGUCUGAUCCUGAAAUCAGGAAAGCAGCCUUACGGUAUGAGACGGGCUUCUUGGUGUGCGUGGCCAUCGGCGUCCUGUACAUCGUGCUGAUGCCCCUGGUGGGUAUCUUCCUGGUAUGCUGCCGUUGCUGUGGCAACUGUGGCGGGGAGAUGUACCAGAAGCAGACUUCCAGCAUCAACUGUUGGAGGAGAAGCCUCUACUGGAGUCUGUUCCUCACCACAGUCGUCAUACUUGCGGGGAACAUCUGCAUGUUCAAAAGCAACGAAGCCUUCAAGCUCAGUGUGGACCAAGGCCAGGGAGGGAUCAUCACGGCGAUAGACAACAUCCAGACCUUCAUCACCGAUGUGCCCCAGCAAAUAACCUAUGUUGUGAACGCAAGCUACAAGACUGUCGACGAGGUGACGGAGAACCUGGGAGACAUUGGCCCUCAGCUGGGUUCCCGUAUUCAAGGCAGCUUCAGGAUCCCUCUGAAGCCGGCUCUGGACUCUGUCGACCUGCUGGAGCGAGAUGCCUUGAAGACGGACGAUCUGCUGAAUAAACUGAACGGCGCCGUGGACCAGCUGCAGCGCAGCAUCGCUAUCGCCCAGGCCAACGUGACGGCUGUCAAAACCAAACUCAACGAUACCAUUUACGAUCCAGAUUGCUACAACUGCACCCGGCUUGAGCCAGAACUGCAGAAAUUAACAGUGGACACCACGCUAGAGAUUCCUAACCUGAGUGGAAUUCAGACGGCUGUAGAUGAGGUCAUCAAGGCACAACUUCAAUCUGUGGCAGAUGACUACUUACACAGCAUUCCCCAGAGGGUAACCAACGACACCAGGGCUGUUAUUCUGACCAUCAAGGAGCAGCUCCGCAGAAUCGAGGCCGAGGUCUCCCAGGGGUUGGACGGCAUCCCGCCCUCUGCCCUGGGGGAACUGGAGGCCUCCCUGGAGCGGGCCAAGCUGGAAGUGAAGCAGCUCAGUGGAGACAUCCAGAAGGGAAACCAUAUCAAGUGGGCCGUCGGGGUGGUGAUCAGCGUUCUGGUUCUCCUGGUGGUUCUGUGUAACGCCCUGGGUCUGCUCCUGGGCCCGGCCGGGCUGCGUCCGGGGGCAGACCCCCGUGAGCGCUCCUGCACCGCCGCCAGCGGGGGCUCCUUCCUGCUGAUGGGAGCAGGAUUCAGCUUCCUGUACUCCUGGCUCUUCAUGCUGCUGGUGCUGCUGCUCUUCCUGCUGGGAGGAAACCUCUACACGCUGGUCUGUAAGCCCUGGACCAACGGAGAGCUCCUGCAGUUCAUCGACGCAUCCGGCCUGGUUCCCUCGCUGCCCAACAACGUCACAUUCGGUGGAAUCUACAGUGAUUGUACGAAGAACAUGCCUAUAUGGUCCACCCUCAGCCUGUCCCAGAACAUAAACCUCGAGGCGGAGCUCAACAUUUCUAAAUAUACAGCGGAAAUCGUGGAGCAGUUCGAGAAUUCCCAAAUCACCCUAUCCAGCAUCACCCUUCUGAGCCCAGAGGUCCGCAAGCAGCUCGGGGACUUCCCGGACAAACUCAAACAGAUCGACUUCGACUCAACCAGAGAGAAGCUAACCAACAUCACCGAAUUGAAUCUCAACACGUCUGCGGGCAAAAUCGAUCGCUUUGCAGUAACUCAACCAAUCGCGAAGAUUAAAGCUGAGCUGAACGAGGCCGCCACAGAUCUGAGAGCAAUACAGAGGGACAUGGAAACAGUCGUCUUCCCACAAAUUGAAAACCUCAAGUUGCUCAUAAAUGAACUUCAAGUCCAAGCUGUGAAAACGAACGGAACGGUGGCGACGGUUUCCAGUGAAGUUGGAAAAGCACAAGACUUCCUGAACACAAACACAACGUCGAUUGUCAAGGCAGAGAGCCGAGCCUUCCUAAAAUGCCAGAUGCAGUUAUUUGAUGCCUAUGCAGCCUGGGCCAUCUUGACCAUCACAGAGCAGGUGGGCCGGUGCCGCCCGGUGUCCGGGGCCGUGGACGCGGCGGUGGUCAUCGUCUGCUCCAACGUGGUCGAGUCUCUGAAUGCAUUCUGGUUCAGCCUGGGCUGGUGCAUGAUCUUCUUCAUCCCCAGCAUCAUCCUGUCAAUCAAACUGUCCAAGUACUACCGGAAGAUGAAGCGAGCGGAUGAAUUUAACAAACACAUUGCGAUGAACCAGAUCCCCAGAGCUACCAUGCUGCAGUACUGAGGCCAGGAGGACCACGGCCACAAAGGAACCCAACACAUUUAGCGGUACAGGGGAAUUAGCUUUCAAACUGAAGCUGGGGAUCUUCGCAAACGGUGUUUGCUGCUGUCUGAGGUAUCUCUUUGUGUGUGCAGUAGGACACUAGUUAUGACCUUCAACUAGCUGUGAUGAGACGCAUAUUCUGUGUGUGUGCGUAUGUGUGUGUUUGUGUGUGUGUGCUUCAAGCCUAAAACAAGACUUUUGGUCUGCAAUCUGUAUCGUCAAGGUACAAUAACUGAACGGGUGGCAGACAUCUCUGGGUCUGCAUGAACCAUAUUAUUUAGUACUUGUUACUACAAAUUGUUUUUUUUUAAAUCAGGUCUGUUUUACUUUAUAUUGCAUUUGCUAUGGCUUUUAUAUUAUAUGUGUAUUCUAUCACAUAUAUUUUCUAUUUUUAUAUUGUGGAUAAUAAGUCCCUACACAUUUGUAUUAACCUUUAAAAAAAACUAUAAUGAUAUGGUUUUACUUCUCAAGGGAAUUCUCUUUAAUUUAUUAGUUGCUCUCUUAUUAUUUUUACAUGCACAUAAUAUACUUAAUUUGGCUGGAAAGUAUGAUUAUUUUGCAAAGCCAUGACAAGACAAGACGCUGGAAAAUAGGAUUGAGGGUUUGACCAACACCAACUUCCUGUAAUUGUGCCAACCUGCAUUUGCAGCUUUAUUUUUGUCCUGGCCAUGCCAAUGAAAGAAGAACAAAACUAAUUGACUACAUCGAUGGCAAUUGAACAGAACCUGUUACUAUAUGAAUAAAUAAAUGAUUAAAUAUAUCUAGACUAUCACGGGUUGGUUUACGCUUCAGAUCUCUUCAAACUGUAAGUUGUAUGACAUGGCUGAUGGCAACAUUAGAGUUCAGUUUGUGGUGAUUGAUCUGAUUUGGGGAUGACGAUUUUGUAAUCAUUUUUAUUAGAUUCAUCUUCUACUAUUGUAAUGAAAGCACUUUAUAUUGUAUUUGUAUCUGAUUUGAUUGAAUUUGAAAAAAUCAGAAUAUGUGAAAGCUGAUUAAAAUAUGCUACUGAUUCAUCUGUACUGUUUUUGCAUACUCAUUAGUCCCGGGUCGUAAGCUAUUGUCUUUUGAUAAGAUCGCUGCUCUUUGCAAUACAUCUUAUAGCCACACUCGACACAGGAGGGAGUCAUUUUCAGGAGUCUUCUAUGACCCACGCUCCAAGGCAAUCUAGAUUUAACCCCUGUUGUUCUCCAAACAUAUAUGGCAAUUGCAUCCGAAAUGUACCUGAAAUGCUACAUUAAACUCCAAGCCAUAGGCUUAAACUGAAUUCUGACUGCAAUCAUAGCCAGGCCGCUGAGACUAAGUGCAAAACGCAUGUCUACAUGUUUCAGAAGCACAAGAUCAGCUGAUCAGAUAGCAGUGCAGAGGAGCCCUGUUUAAAUUAAGUAAGGUCUAAAGAUAGAACAGGUGAAUCAAUAACAUUACAACACCAGCCUUUCUCAGGACCUUGUAACACGAGAAAACCAUGAUCCUCUGGCUCAGCACCCCGGUGUGUUGGGGAACAGAACGCAUGGGCGGGCCUAGUGCAAACGGUGAUGUCUGAUUGGGGAACAGAACGCAUGGGCGGGCCUAGUGCAAACGGUGAUGUCUGAUUGGGGAACAGAACGCAUGGGCGGGCCUAGUGCAAACGGUGAUGUCUGAUUGGGGAACAGAACGCAUGGGCGGGCCUAGUGCAAACGGUGAUGUCUGAUUGGGGAACAGAACGCAUGGGCGGGCCUAGUGCAAACGGUGAUGUCUGAUUGGGG